CAGAAUUAAAUAAACACAACUAAACACAAGUAAAUAUUUAUGUAAGCAAGUAAACAGAACAAAAACAGAGUACAUAUGUCUAUUUUCGGCUAGUGUAAAUUUAUUAAUUUUCAUUAAAUUAACUGCUCAUAUCAUGGAGAUUAAUCCACUAAGUAUCAUUCUAGUUAAAAGUGAUAGCAAAGGUGAUCGAAUGCUUUUUAGAUAUCCUCAUGCAACUAAUCAAGAACGAGUUUCAAAUCAACGUAUCAAAAGAAAAAAUCCUUAUUUAUUAAUGAUCAAUGAAGAUCACUUACAGUCAAUGCCAUGUCCAACGUCAAAUAUUAGAGAUGGUAAUCUUACAGGACUUCCAGAUGAAGUGUUGUCAACACUAUUUGCAGUUAAAUCAGAACUAUGUCAAAUGAAAUUUGAAUUAAAGGUAAACAAUGUCAGAUUUGUUGGUCAUCCAACACUGUUAUCAUCAAGAAAAGUUAAAGAAGUUAAUCCAUCGAUGCUUUUCAAUGUUGUAUUUGCACUUCAAGCACAAGCAAAUCAUUCAGUUGUCAAGUGUUAUUAUGAUUUGAGUAAAAGACUAGGUAUUGCUUUGAGACAUGAAGAAAGACGAUGUGGAUUUUUGUCAAGUGAAAUUAAAUUUAUGGUAUCAACACAUGAUGAAAUUGCUACAAGAACUGAGGAUGAAGAAGAAACAUUAUCCGAUAAAUCUGCUUAUGAAAUAAUUCUAAAAACAAGUUCAUUAGCUCAAGAUCUUAAAUCAGCUUAUGACAGUCUUUGUACAUCAGGAGUUGUUAAUUUAAUGGUUAAUAAAUGGAUACAAGUUAAUUUUUGUCUACCACAAAGAGUACAUCAAUCACACAAACCAGGUUUUAUUAUGAAUCCUGAAAUAAUUGAUAGAUGUUUGAGAUGCCUACGACCAUAUCAUGGAAUUCUUCUUUUAAUUGAACCUCGUAAAUUACUUGAUUCUUUACCAGAUGAUGCUUCACCUGCACUUAGACGUUUAAUUAAAAUGUGCAGUCCAUUAAUUAGUUUACAAACAUUAGCUGCUGAUGCAGAUUUAUCAUUAUCACAAGUAUUUCAAUUAACUGGUCAUCUACUUUAUUGGGCAAAAGCAACAGUUAUAUAUCCAAUAUGUGAAAAUAAUGUUUAUGUUGUUGCACCAGAUGCUAAUAUUGAAGAUAAACUUAUUGUUAAAUUUAAAAAAUUAUUUCCCGAUCUUUCAUUGUAUGAGGUAUUGAGUGAAUUUUCAUUGUCAAUGUCAAUCAGUCAAAAAAGUAAUCCACUUAAUGAGCCACAAGAGCAAAAGCAACUUGUUGAUUUAAUAAUAUGGCUACUUAAAAAUCAUUUAUUGCUACAGUUACAUACUUAUAUACAGUAUCUACCACUUCCUCUUGAUACUUCUGAAAGUGAAACAAAAAGUCAAGAUGGAUCAAGUCCAGUAACUUGCAUUGAAAACGAAACAAGCUGGACUUUAGAUAAUGCAUUAAAUAUUAGAUUAAAUACAGUACGUAGUAUUGAUGAAAUAUAUGAAUAUCGUACUGAUAAAUUUCCAAUUCCAUCUGAAGACAUUAUGAUGCUUGAUAAAUUUUGUAAACUUGGAUAUUUUAAUGGUGGUCAUCAUAUUGAAGAAAUUAUGUAUUUAGAAAAUAUCAGAAGAUCACAGGUACUACAAAUUCUUGAUAAAUUUCGUCAUAUAUUAGUCACAUCAGAACAUGAAGAUCCAGCAAUUGCUCUCUUCUAUUCACAACCCUAAUUAUUAACAAUAGAAAAAAAAAAAGAAAAUUAAAUAAAGUAUUAUUUUUGUAUUUACACUAUUUAAAAGAAAAAAAAAAUAUAAACUAAAAAAUUAAUUAAUAAAAGAAAAUAAAAUUAUUUAAAAAAUGAG